AUGAGGUGGCUGUGGAUUAUCGUCUUAAUAGCUGUGGCUCUGCCAGCUGCUGUGCCAAGGAAGACGCAUCGCAGCAAACCGACACCAAGGUUGUACGGGGACAGGGUGCCUGUCAAGCUGCUUAGGACGAGCAACACCAAGGUCCGACAGAAGAUCGUCGAUACGCACAACUACUUUCGCACUCAGGUCAAGCCUCCAGCGGCUAAUAUGCUCGUGAUGAAGUGGCAUCCGGGCCUGGCCAAAGCUGCACAGAGAUGGGCCAAUCAAUGUCGUGGACUGGUCCACGACAAUGCAACCGGCCGACAUUUGGAUGGUUUCGGUCCGAGUGGACAGAACAUUUUCAUUACAACGAAAAGGACUCUCUGGAACUUCCCCAUCAGAAUGUGGUUCAUGGAGUACAAGGAUUACAAGUACGGAGAAGACGAAGGGAACGACUUGCACGAGAUCGGUCAUUACACUCAAAUCGCGUGGGCCACGACACAUAUGGUCGGUUGUGGCGUGCACCAUUGCAACGGUAGCAGAGGUCCUCUGAACGGGGACUUUUUCAUGUACGUGUGCAACUAUGCCCCAAGCGGCAACUCCAAGGGUAGACUGGGCCAUCCGUACCUGCCUGGUAAGCCUUGCAGCAUGUGCAAGGACCACUGCACGCGCAACAAGCUGUGCACAAACGCAUGCUACUACACCGAUCUCUGGCAGAACUGCGCCGAGAUGGCCAGGACGUUUCGUUCCUGGGUCUGUGAGACGAACACGAACAAGGGUCGCGAGCGACGGAAGUUCUGCGGUGCCACGUGCAAUUGCAAGGACAAGAUCUACUAUCGCCACGGGUAG